GUGUGCGUGUGUGCGUGUGUGUGUGUCCUGAACGUAUUUGCUUGGUCGCAGAAAUGACUUGACACGUUGCCACUACCUUGCUAUUGUUAUCUAACUCCAUUGUUAUGUUGUCGGUGGGAAUGGCUCGACCGUAGUCACAGUUUCCCCCUUUAACCUGUUUAACCGUGAUGCGUUUCAACGAGAAGGAGCUGGUGUCCCUCAGCCGACAGCCCUCAGAGAUGGCAGCCGAGCUGGGGAUGCGAGGACCCAAGAAAGGAGACGUUGUAAAGAAGAGGCUGGUGAAACUCGUCGUCAACUUCCUCUUUUAUUUCAGGACUGAUGAGGAAGAGCCAAUAGGAGCUUUGCUGUUGGAGCAGUGUCGGGUGGAGAGGGAGGACAGCCAGACCUUCUCUAUUACAUUUCUGGAUGAAGGAGAGAGGAAGUAUCUGUUUGAGUGUGACUCAGAAGAACAGUGUGGGGAGUGGGUAGACUCCAUUAUCAAGGCCAGUUACGAGUUCAUGAGGAGGAACCUGAUAUUCUAUCGAACUGAAAUCCACAGGCUCACUGGAAAGGACCCCUUGGAGCAGUACGGUAUAUCAGAUGAAACUCGCUUCCAGGUCAACAAUGGCCUGCAACUUAUGCCUAGAGAUACCUCCUCCCUGUAGACCAGCGGCCUGUGUCCAGAUGCACAUUAUUUUCAUUUUAGUUUGCGCUGCCAUUCCAAGAAUCCCUCACUGGUCUGAAAACCAUGGCAUUACCAUAAGCACACACGCUUUUUAGAUCUUCACUGCUCUGAAUGUAUUUAGUGUGGCUCCAAACUUGUAGAGACAGUCUUAUGCACGUUAUAGCACAGUAUCUGAGGCCAUGCAAAGUAAUGGGGUGAUAACGCUCAAUCAUUACGGGUAACACAGGACUGUUGAACUCAACACUUUCUUAUUUUUGGUUUAGGGGACUUUUCAAGCUAUUUUCUGUAUUAUUUUUAGACCUUUUCUUGGUUACUUGGUUGUCUGUAUAAAACAUUUUUCUACUAUGUUUUCUAUUGGACAUACUGUACUGUUAGAAAAUGUGAUUUGGGAGCGUCUGAUUGCAAUUGUGCUGUAGAGCGUCGGCUGUGACUUUCUUUUAGGACUGUUCAUAAUAUGAGCAGGACUGGGUUUAACAAGAAUCAAUCCAGGACAUAUGAAUAUUGUUAAUCAAGUAAAUGUAUCCUGUUUGAAGAAGCUUAUGAUUAUAAGAUACAGUGCCCAAUAUAGAAAACUUUAAUCUGCUGAGUUGAGCCAACCAUUUAACUCUAGUUUUGCUUAUAAGAUAUAUUUUUUCUCGCCAAUAUAUAUUUAUCAUCUUGCCCAUUUCGAUUUUUUAGUUUUAAAAACUAUACUUUUGCACAUAUUACUGGGGGUUGAGGGUUUUCUUAUUUAGAAUUUCAAUAAUUUACUUGAACUUCUUUAUGUUUUCAGUGGCACUUUGAAUCAGAUUACUUUAGAUAAACUGUUGGACCAGGCUUUUGACAUUAUUUUUUAAUAUCUCACCAACUUCUUUUUCAGAGUUGCAACUAGUGGUGAGGUGACAUUGUGCUCACAACCACAUUUCACUAGCAGUCCAGAGUCCACCCACAAACAGGAUAUCAUAUUAAAUGGGUCUUUAUUUUUAAACUUUUGCACAUUAAAUGCGUUAAAUCUGUUUUUACUUCAUGUUAGAUUAUAUGUGUUUCACUUUUUUUUUUACUAAUAAAGCCAUUUGAA